AUGGGUACCGAAGCGCAGUUGUUAGACUGGGAGCCGAUCGACACAGAUGAUAUCGAAGAGUCGUGGGUUGUCAUCCGAGACUACCUACUACAGCUGUUUCAACAAUUUGCCCCUAUACGCAGGAGCCGGCCUCAUGCCAAAAGACCAACCUGGUUCGAUCAUGAGCUUGGAAGUUUGUUCCGCAUGAGAAAUCGUGCUUGGAAGCACUACCGUACUUCGAAUUCAGGCUACGAUGAAUACCGAGUCAUACGGAAUCAGUGCUCGGCAGCUCGGGUGGCCAAACGCCAUGCUUUCCAGGAGAGUCUAGCUGCCAAAUCUGCCACGGCUCUGAAGGGGCUAUUCGCAUACUUGAAAAGAAGGACCAGGACGGUGCCUGGACUCCCGAGUCUUGUCGACAAUGGAAUCACUGCUGAUACUGGUGUGGACAGGUCUGGUGUACUUGCUCGGCAUUAUGCUUCAAUGUACGCAGGAGCAGAGAUCUCAGUUUCGUCACCCUCAUCAACUCGUAGAGUUUUGUAUUCACACCCUCCUGAUGUGAUCUCAAUCAGUGCCCCUUAUCUGGGAGCCCACAACGUCGCCAAAGUACUACGUGGACUUCGUCAAUACCAAUCCCCCGGUCCAUAUGGAGUUCACCCGUUGGUGCUGAAGGAACUGGCUGAUGUCGUAUCAACCCCGCUAGCCCAAAUGUUCAACUUGUCCCUCCGGACUAGCCGAUUACCGUCAGACAGGAAGAAAGCGCUGGUUGUUCCCUUGUUCAAAGGUGGUGAUAAGCACGCCCCGGUCAACUAUCGGCCCGGCCUCUCCUGCUUAUCCAAUUUCCUGUUGGCACGUAACUAUUGGGUGGAGUCUAGAGCUGACGGUUGCUCCACGGGUGUUGUGUUCGUGGAUUUCAGCAAAGCGUUUGACAAUGUGUCUCAUGCGAAACUACUGGUGAAAUUGAGAUCGACGAGCAUCUAG